AUGGCUUCAAAACGAAAAGCGUCGGCAAUGAAUGCGGCUGCGGCUGCGGCCGAGGAGCCCGUUGACCCUUCCGAUGAACUCAUGUUUCUCUGUCUAGGUGGCGGCAACGAAGUCGGUCGAUCGUGCCAUAUUAUUCAAUACAAGGGCAAAACCGUCAUGCUCGACGCUGGGCAACACCCUGCGUACGACGGUCUUGCAGCCCUCCCAUUCUACGACGAUUUCGAUCUCAGCACCGUAGAUGUACUUCUCAUUAGCCAUUUCCAUGUCGACCAUGCUGCCUCAUUACCUUAUGUCCUCGCCAAGACUAAUUUCCGCGGCCGUGUCUUCAUGACGCAUCCGACCAAAGCCAUCUACAAAUGGCUUAUUCAAGACAGCGUCCGAGUCGGCAAUACGUCUUCAAAUUCCACAACGCAGCCAGUAUACACGGAGCAAGAUCACUUGAAUACCUUUUCUCAAAUAGAAGCCAUCGACUACCACACCACUCACACCAUCUCUUCCAUCCGAAUCACUCCAUACCCUGCUGGCCAUGUGUUGGGGGCGGCCAUGUUCCUCAUCGAGAUUGCUGGGCUCAACAUCUUCUUUACCGGAGACUACUCCCGCGAGCAAGAUCGGCAUUUGGUCUCUGCUGAAGUACCCAAGGACGUCAAAAUUGAUGUCCUCAUCACAGAAUCGACGUAUGGCAUCGCCUCCCACGUUCCCCGGCUGGAGCGCGAGCAAGCCCUGAUGAAGUCCAUCACUGGCAUUCUAAAUAGAGGCGGCCGCGCGCUACUGCCCGUCUUUGCGCUUGGGAGAGCACAAGAACUCCUCCUCAUUUUGGACGAAUACUGGGGAAAGCACCCCGAGUUCCAAAAAUACCCCAUCUACUAUGCGAGUAAUCUCGCCAGAAAAUGCAUGGUUGUCUAUCAAACAUAUGUCGGCGCCAUGAACGAUAACAUCAAGCGCCUUUUCCGAGAGCGCAUGGCUGAAGCCGAAGCCAGCGGAGAUGGUGCUGGCCAAGGAGGACCGUGGGAUUUCAAGUACAUCCGAUCGCUCAAGAACCUGGACCGUUUUGACGACGUCGGCGGCUGCGUUAUGCUCGCCAGUCCUGGUAUGCUUCAAAGCGGUGUUAGCAGAGAGCUCUUUGAAAGAUGGGCGCCCAGCGAGAAAAAUGGCGUCAUCAUCACAGGUUAUAGCGUCGAGGGCACAAUGGCCCGGCAAAUCAUGCAGGAACCGGACCAAAUCCCAGCAGUCAUGUCUCAGUCGGAGAGGGUGCUCAUUCCCCGACGAUGCAGCGUUGCAGAAUACUCGUUCGCUGCACACGUUGAUGGCGUUGAGAACCGAGAGUUCAUCGAGGAAGUAGCCGCACCGGUCGUCAUCCUUGUCCAUGGCGAACAACAUAACAUGAUGCGUCUCAAAUCCAAACUCCUCUCCCUCAACGCCUCCAAAACCACCAAAGUAAAAGUCUACUCCCCCCGGAACUGCGAAGAACUGCGUAUCCCCUUCAAAGGCGAUAAAAUGGCCAAGGUCGUCGGCAAACUCGCUUCUAUCCCGCCCCCCCAAGACGUCAAUGUCGACAGCGCCUCCGCGCCCCUCGUAACAGGAGUCCUUGUCCAAAACGACUUCAAGCUCUCCCUCAUGGCGCCCGAAGACCUCCGUGAAUACGCAGGCCUCAACACAACCACCAUCACCUGCAAGCAGCGCCUCACCCUCAGCGCCGCCGGCAUCGACCUCAUCAAGUGGGCGCUAGAGGGCACAUUCGGCACCGUCGAAGAACUACCCGAAAUGCGGCGGGCCCAGACGGCCAAUGGCAACGGCGUCAAGAACGGCUCCGUCUCAGAAGCAGCCGAGGACGAGGAGGAGGAGGAGUACAAGCCCGAAGAACCGGCGGAUGAAGAAGUCGCCGCCCUAGUGGCAGCAUACCUCGUCAUGGGCUGCGUGACAGUCCGGUACCGCAACAACGGCGAGGUCGAGCUCGAGUGGGAGGGCAACAUGCUCAACGACGGCAUCGCCGACUCCGUCAUGGCCGUCCUGUUCAGCGUCGAGUCCUCCCCCGCCGCCGUCAAGCGCUCCUCAAAACAGCACUCCCACUCCCACGAGCUCGUGACCAACGGGACAAACCCCCACGCCCACCCCUCGGCGGAAGAUCGCCUCGAACGGCUAUUCUGGUUCCUCGAGGCCCAGUUCGGCGCGGACAACGUAUCGCCCGUCGAAACACCCCGCCUCCCCGAAUCGGAAUCCCAAGACGAGUCCAUGGACGUGGAUGGCGCGAGCACAGACGUGGAAGAGCGUAAAAGGAAGGAACUUGAGCGCUUGCACAAGAUUGGUAUUCCCGUGCCCGGCGUGUCGAUCAAGGUGGACAAGAUGCUGGCGACGGUGUGGCUGGAAGACCUGGAGGUGGAGUGUACGAAUAAGGUGUUUGCAGACCGAGUGAGAGCCGUGGUGGAACGGGGCGUGGAAGUCUCGGCGCCGCUUUGGGGAUAA